AUGUCAAGGCAACAGGAGCAGCCAGGGCAAGGAAUAGCAGCAGAUGCAGCUGAUGGACAAAGGCGGGAUUCCAGAUCUGCUGUAUUUCGUAUUCCAGAAUUCAAGUGGUCUCACAUGCAUCAGCGUUUGCUCACUGAUCUCUUGUUUUCCAUAGAAACAGACAUACAGAUGUGGAGAAGCCACUCGACAAAGACAGUUAUGGACUUCGUGAACAGCAGUGAUAAUGUCAUCUUUGUCCACAACACAAUUCAUCUCAUCUCUCAAGUGAUGGACAAUAUGGUCAUGGCUUGUGGGGGGAUCCUGCCGUUGCUUUCAGCUGCGACGUCGGCUACACAUGAACUGGAGACUAUUGAACCUUCUCAGGGUCUUUCAGUAGAAGCCUCUGUGACAUUUUUGCAGAGGUUAAUUAGCCUUGUGGAUGUGCUUAUAUUUGCAAGUUCUCUUGGUUUCACUGAAAUUGAAGCUGAAAAAAAUAUGUCAUCUGGAGGAAUUUUGCGACAGUGUCUCCGACUGG